UGUUUGUUUGUUUUGCUAUUAAUCAAUGACCAUCAUUUACCAUCAUGGUGGUUUCGUCAUGUUUCACAAAUUCACAAGAUUAAAAAUAUUAAAAGUUCCGCGCAUAUGUUUUUCCAAGCAACAUCUAUAUAGAUCUAACUUCCUUUGACUAUUAUAAGCACAUAUAUAAACACCCUCUUUCUCCUCCUUCCUUUUAACUCACAUUUCAUUCAAAUCUAUAAUACUAAAAAGAUCAAUAUUUUUUAUUAAUGGGGAGCUAUAGAGUGUGCUUAUGCUUCACAAGGCGGUUCGGGUUAAUAGACCUCGAACCGCCUUCUGAAGUAAGAGACCUUUUCAAGAAGUAUACUAAUGGUGGAGCUUACAUGGCGCCGGACCAACUCCGGCGCUUCCUAGUGGAGGUGCAAGGUGGUCAUGAGACUACGAUCGCCGAUGCCGAAAAAAUAGUGGAGGAAGUAUUGAAUCAACGGCAUCACAUUGCUAAGUUUACUAGGAAGUCUCUUACAUUUGAUGAUUUCUUCUACUAUCUCUUCUCUGUUGACCUCAAUCCUCCUUUCAAGUCUCAGAGUCAUCAAGAUAUGACUGCACCCUUGUCACAUUACUUCAUAUACACUGGUCAUAAUUCAUAUCUCACUGGGAAUCAAUUAACCAGUGAUUGUAGUGAUAAACUUAUAAUAAAAGCAUUAAAGCAAGGUGUUCGAGUCAUUGAGCUCGAUUUGUGGUCUAACUCGAACAAAGAUGGCAUCAAUGUUCUUCAUGGCAGAACCCUUACAACUCCAGUGGACCUCUUAACAUGUCUCAAAGCAAUUAAAGAUCAUGCAUUUGAAUCAUCAGAAUAUCCUGUUAUUAUAACACUUGAAGAUCACUUGAAACCAAGACUUCAAGCCAAAGCUGCUCAGUUGAUCACACAAACAUUUGGAGAAUUCUUGUACUACCCUCCCUCGGUUUACCCUGAAGAAUUUCCUUCCCCUGAAGAUUUAAAGCAUAAGAUACUUAUUUCGACGAAACCACCAAAAGAGUGUCGUCAGGCUGAAACUGAGAUGGUUAAUGUCAGUAGUAAUUCUUCAGAGAGGGAUCUUGAACAUCCAUCACACCGUAAGAUUAUUGAUAUGUCUGAAAGUGAGCAUGAUGAAAUAAAUGGAAAUGGUUACAUUAGCCAAGAUAAAUCACAGCGGUUUGAACCAACCGCGUAUAAGUCAGUGAUUGCUAUUCCUCAGAGAAAGUGUAAGUUGGAAGAAGCAGUUAAGAAUGAUCUUGGUAAAGCUGUACGAAUUAGUUUGAGUGAACAAAAACUCGAAAAAGCAGUUGUUUCACAAGGACAGGAUCUUGUAAGAUUUACGCAAAAGAAUAUCCUAAGGAUUUACCCAAAGGGCACUCGCUUUAACUCUUCAAACUAUGAUCCCUUUGUUGGUUGGAUGCACGGAGCUCAAAUGGUUGCGUUUAACAUGCAGGGGUAUGGAAAAAUGCUCUGGCAAAUGCACGGGAUGUUUAGAGGCAACGGAGGAUGUGGCUAUGUCAAAAAACCCGAUUUCUUGGUUGAUGGUAAUCAAGUAUUUGAUCCUAAAGUAAAACUACCCUUGAAGACAAAGUUAAAGGUGAAAAUUUACAUGGGAGAUGGUUGGAGAAUGGACUUCAAGAAAACUCAUUUUGACAAGUAUUCCCCACCAGAUUUUUAUACCAAAGUUGGUAUAGCAGGAGUUCCAGCAGAUGAAACAAUGCAGAUGACGGCGAUUAAGGAUGAUCAAUGGAUCCCCAUUUGGAAUGAAGAGUUCACCUUUCCACUAACAGUCCCUGAAUUAGCAUUGUUAAGAGUUGAAGUUCAUGAGCAUGAUAACGACAAGAAAGAUGAUUUUGGUGGACAAACUUGUUUACCUGUGUCUGAAUUAAGACCUGGAGUCCAUGCAAUUCCUUUGUAUAGUCGUAAGGGAGAAAAAUUCAAUUCGGUAAAACUUCUAAUGAGACUUGAAUUUGUAUGAUAAUUUUUUUUUUUAAUCUAGACUUAGAUAUAAACGAUUUAUAUUUUAUAUAUAUGUUGUGCACUUUUAUCGUGUAUAGUUUGUAGAUCAUCUCAUGAAAGGGAUCUUCUUGUAUGUAAUUUAUAUUGUUAUAUGAUUUAAGUGGUAGAGAAUAUGUUUGCUCAAUCCUCCUUGUGCACUAGGAAGUCUAUUACAUUUGAUGAUUUCUUCUACUAUCUCUUUUGUGUUGACCUCAAUCCUCCUUUUAAGUCUUAGGUAAGAUUAAGAUUAGUUGUACUCUUUUAGUUUUUAUUUAUUUGUAUUUAUUUAAGUUUUUGGAAUAGU